AUGAUCUCGUUAUGUCAUUCAAAGUGCACUGUAGUUCAGUUGAAAGAAGAAGGUGGUAUUGAGAAGGACUACAUGCAGCGAGGAAUAAGAGGACAUGUUAUUGUUUAUCCACAAAGACCAUCAGAAAUAGCAAGAUCGUUGCCACCAUCUGUUGAGGAAAUCACGUCUCCAUUAUGUGUACUCUUCGUUGGUGCAUAUAAGCCUUCAGAUGAAUGGCUCAGAACAAAGGCUAAACCCCUGGCUGUCAAUGGGGCAUGCGUCUGGGCGGCUUUGAAAUGGCUGAAAAAUAAUAAUCCCCUUUAUCGUGACAUUGAAAUCAAUGAAACGGUCCUUCAGGAGUUAGAUGACAAUCCAAACUUGCCUUUUGUUAUACAGCAUAUUUUGCCCAGUGCAGCCGGAGACACUCUGACAUUGCGAUAUGAAGCAUCUGUUGAUAAUCCCAAACGGACGUUGAUUUUUCUUCCUCUUCGAAUAAUCUUAAACAGGCCAGCAAUGAGGCACAUCCACAAAAGAGGGGGGGGUUAUAUUGAACUUACGCAUGAUCCUUCACCCACGGACGAAUUUAAUAAUCCUUUGUUGUUCCCGAUGAUGUACCCAACUUUGUUUCCAUGUAUGGCAUAG